GCGAAUAUGCGCGAAUUAUUAAGUGAUGUGUAUUUACGAGAGUAUAAAAUUGUUGGCCUUAGCAAAAUUGCUGCUGGUGUACAAUUUUUACUUUAGCUAGGGUUAGUGCUGACAAGGCAGGGUCAAAGUACACAAGUCAGCUCGAUUUGCAAUUAGUGCAAUGUUCGCGGGCCGGAUCGCUGACGUCAUCAAAAGAUGCUCUUUCAACGGCCACGAUGCUUCCGCCUCCAGCAUCGUGCAUCCGACCGUCCAAGAUCGUCGGGGCCGACCAUGGCUGCGCUUUUGUUCCCCAACUCUAAACUUGAAAAUCGUCGCCAAAUGUGGCGGGUGAGAGAAGAAAUUUAGCGGCGUCCUCAUUUUUGUUUGCACAGCUUCGGCCCCUUCUUUUUAACUUUUAUCACCCAUCCCUUUAGUAUUUGGACAUUGAGAUAAAGUUAGCGGAGAAGAUAGAAUAGAAGAAGACACAAAGCAUAGAGAGUAUCGAGGGUUAAAUAUUUAAUCACGGUUCCCGAGGGACGGAGGGCGUCCAAAGAAAAGGUAUCCAAGCAAACCAAAAUACUACAUGCUUUUGUUUUCUCUUUCAACCUUUCGCCCUUUUUUUUCUCCGUUGCGUUUGUUAGUUUCGUGUUCCACUUCUCCGUUGGUUCGUCAUCUGACAGUUCCGUUGUGCUACAACAAAGCCCGUUUCGGACGCCUACCAAGGCUUUGGCUUCAGCUUGUCGAAGACGCCUCUGGUUAGAUGUUAGAAAUAAAUUGUUGGGCGCUGGCUGGACUAUUUAUGGUUUUGUUUCCCUGCUCAAUUUCGUGUGGGCCUUCAAGUAUUUAAUUUUACUCUUCAGAAAAAAGAUCACACAAAAAAAAAAAUUGGGGUGUUAAGACAGAUUUUUUAAAAUUGCAAGCGGAGGAGCAAGGAAAACAGGGAAAAAAAUACUUGGGCAAUUUUGAGGUUUUGAGCAGCGGAAAUUCCAGUGGAAGAAAAAAUUAGGGCUCUGGACAAGGGGGGAGGCAAAAAUUGUGUAGCAGCAAGGUGGGAAUAGGAGGAAUUUUUUCCUUGAAAAAAAACUUAACAUGCAGUAGGCUGGGAGGCGCGGUGUAAUUGUAGUUAGUUUCAGCCGUGGCUCCUCGGGGGUUAAAAAUGGGGAAAUACAUGAGAAAAGGCAAAGGCGUGGGCGAGGUGGCUGUGAUGGAGGUCUCUUCGCAGGUGUCACUUGGAGUGAGAACGAGGGCCAGGACUUUGAGAGAAGAUCACCACCACCGGCGGCUGGCCGCUCCCUCGUCAAAGCCAACGAAACAGCACCAACACCACCACACCGCCUCUGCGCCGGCGUGUUUUGACGGCUCCUCCAUGCAAACAGCCUACCUUGAGCUACGCAGCAGGAAGCUUGAGAAAAUUAUUUGCAGGUGCCAUGAAGAGGCAGCAACACACACUGACCAGGAAGCGUCCAAGAACUUUGAGGGCGAGGCUUCUAGAAUGGCGCUCUCCGAAGGGGGAGCAACCGUAGGCGUAGGCGCAGCCAGUGACAAAAGCAGCAGGAGAGUUCAGCAACAGCAAUCUUCAGUGGCACAUUCGAGGAACAAUUCUGCAACUUUCUCCAACGCCAAGCCAGCCAGACCACGAAGAAAAGACCAAAACCAAAGCCACCACAAUCAACCGGCGCAGCCUCCAGAAAAUGACCUUGAAGACGCCAUGGAGGUGGAGGUGUCGUUUGGGGAAAAUGUAAUGGAUCCAGAUUCCAGAGAAAGGCGAACAAGAGAAACGACGCCAUCAAGCCACAUGAGGGAUGUGGAGACACCAGGGUCAACAACAAGACCGGCCCCGCCUACCUCAGGCAGGAGAAGGCUACAGAAUGAAGGGCACAGCCGCAGCCAUAGUGCCAGUCAUCAAUUUCUUCAUGUGCCAACCUCCAACGAAAUUGAAGAAUUUUUCGCCGGUGCAGAGCAGCAAGAACAGAGACGAUUCACAGAAAGGUACAAUUACGACCCAGUAAGAGAUUCCCCUCUACCUGGCCGGUUUGAAUGGGUUAGAUUGAGGCGGCCUUAAAAAGAAAAAAUCUGUUUUGUAAACAAAUAAUUGUGGGGCAAGCAGGCAGGCAGAUGGGGAUAUAGGUUUUUUUCCAAUUGGACCAUCAAAAAAGGUCAAGACUGUUAUGCUCUACUUCGUUGGGAGGACAAGGAGCCAACCCUUACAGAGAGUCGAAGUGCCUAAAGGCCAUAUGGGUUGUGCAGUGCUAUAGUGCAGCUUGUAUAAACGUUGUAAAUUGUAGCCUCUGUAAAAUAUGAAGCUGGCAUCAGCACAGCUCCCCCUUCAAGGGGACGUUUUUCCGUUUUUAUUUCCAACACAAAUCUACACAGAAAAACUUCUUUUUCUUCUUGUUGGAAUUUUUAGGAACCUUAUUCUGAAUCUCAUGUUAUUCAACAAGAUCUUACUUUUUCUUA